AUGAGUACUGAGAUCUCCAAAACGCCGAGUCCAUCCCUAGGAGCGGAUCAAUCUCAUGAUUUGUCUCCGAAUGAAAAGUCCGAUCCCGUCACCUCUAGCACUAGCAUAGAUGAGCCGCCCCAACCAGGGAAAACGCAAAUAUUUCGCGUGAACCGCCAUACAGACAAUCCACUCCCUGAGUUAGGAGACCUUAUUCCUGGAUAUGAUGCCACACUCAUGCAAGCGCGUGCAGCGCUUAGUGCAGAGGAAGAAAAGAAACUUCUUCGACGAGUUGACUGGCGUCUUCUUCCACUGCUAGCAGUGAUGUACAUGCUCAAAAGUGUUGAUUUCUCAAAUUUAUCUUAUACACUAUCCAUGGAUAAAGGUACACCAAAUUAUAUUUUGACGGAGCUAGGGAUGACAUCAAAUCAGUAUAACCUGGUUACAGCGAUGUACUACAUCCCAUACAUCCUCGCAGAAGCACCAUCAAACCUCUUACUAAAAGGCAUCCGUCCCUCAGUCUGGCAGGCUCGGAUUCAGAUCUCCUGGGCCAUCGUGCUCUGCUGUCAUGCUGCAGUAGUUAACAGAGCAGGUCUUUACACUGUUCGGUUUUUUCUUGGCCUUUUUGAAGCGGGUCUAUGGCCGGGAAUGCUCGUGCACAUGUGUUACUGGUAUAGGCCCGACGAGAUUGCACCACGGGUAGUGCUUGUUACGCUUCUGGGGAACUUUAGUACGGUUAUUAGUGGUGUCCUUGCUUUUGCGUUUAAUGGUAUUACGACUGGUGGAAUCUCAGGAUGGAAAUGGCUUAUGUUGACUGAGGGACUUCUUACGCUUGUCUUAGGAGUUCUAACGUGGUUCUUUCUGCCGGAUUUCCCAUCUACGGCGAAAUGGUUAUCAGAAACAGAAAAAGCUUUCAUUCAAGCUCGACUACCACGCAAUGCUCCCCGAGCCACAGAAGCAAACUUCAAUCUGCAAGAACUAAUUACAACGCUGAAAGACAAGCGAGUCUGGCUGUUCCUCUUCUGUUGGGCAUUCUUCACCAUCGGCACUACAGGGCUCACCUUCUAUCAACCAACAGUCAUAUCCAAUCUAGGAUUCACCUCUCUGGGCGAGUCCUUGUUAUUAAAUAUCCCAUCCGCCGUCUUUGCCGUUAUCCUCACAGUGGCAUUCGGUAUAUUCGCUGAUACAGGCCGAAUCCCACAGCCUGCCAUUCCACUUGGCUUCAUGAUCGUGAUAGAGGCCUGCUAUGGUGUUCUCUAUGCUUUCCCCAAUAAUGGUGGAGAAUAUGCGGCAACGAUCAUCGCGGGUGGUUUUUCGACUGCAUGGUACACAAUGAUGUGGCCCUGGCGGGUUCAAACCACAGAAGGAGCCACAGGUUCCGCAUUUGCCAUCGCCUUCGCGAACAGCUACGGUCAAAUUGGUGGGGCGGUUGGCUCGCAACUAUUUAACUCUCGGUAUGCGCCACGUUAUACGACCUCAUUUGGUAUUGCGAUGGGUUUUAUUGGAAUGGCUAUUGUGAUGAAUGUGGUGACCUGGGGGUUCACUUGGAGGGUCGAUGUUGAUACGCGCAGGAUGAAGCGGGUAAGAAUGGCGGCUGCGAAAGAGAACCAGGCGGUUUUGGAUGAUGUUGAUAUUCAUCUGGGGUGCAAAUAG